GUGAAGAGUGGGGACAAGUGAGAGCACCCAAUGCCAACCGCUUCAUCUUUUCCCAUGACCUAUCAAAUGGCGCCUUAAAUAUGCUGGAAGUGUUUGUGUCCAGCUUGGAUGAAUUUCAGCCAGAUCUCGUGGUACUUUCAGGACUUCACAUGAUGGAAGGACAGAGCAAGGAGAUGCGGCAGAGACGACUUAUGGAGGCUGUGGCCUCCAUCUCCGAUAUCCCUACUGACAUUCCCAUACACCUGGAGUUGGCCAGUAUGACUGAUCAAGAUUUUAUGAGCAACAUUAUGCAUCAGGUCUUUCCCCUGGUGAACUCCAUUGGGCUGAACGAACAGGAGCUGCUGUUCCUCACGCAGUCUGCAUCUGGUCCCCAUGCCUCCCUUCCUUCCUGGAGCGGAGUUCCUGAUGUGGGUGUAGUCAGUGACAUCCUCUUCUGGAUCCUGAAGGAGCAUGGGAAGACAGCAGACCGGGCCUCUGAUCUCACACGGAUCCACUUCCACACCCUGGCCUAUCAUAUCCUUGUCACAGUGGAUGGGUAUUGGGGCAACCAGGUUGCUGCUGUGGCUGCUGGAGCUAGAGCAGCAGGUACUCAGGCCUGUGCGACUGAAACCAUUGACACCAGCAAAGUCUUUCUUAAGGCUCCUUUGGAGUUUGUGACCUCCCAGAUAGAGGCGCCUUCCAAAAUCUCUUUAAAUCCAGAUGAGCCAGUGGUGCACUGGCACAGAGAAGGCAUCUCAUUCCAUUUCACUCCCGUUUUGGUGUGUAAAGAUCCUGUCCGGACCGUGGGACUUGGGGAUGCUAUUUCAGCUGAAGGACUGCUAUACUCAGAAGUAUAUCCUCAAUAGAAGACAAAGACCCUCAUUUUUCUCCAGUACUGUAUGGUGUCUGAGGAACCAUGGUGUUCUCAUUAGGAUUUCAGCCAGUGAUGGUAUAGGAACAGAAUUCAGGGUGUGGUGUGUUUUCUGGAUAUAACUGAAAAAGAGCCAAAGAAUAAUUCCAGGUAUAAACUGUCAGAUACAUUCCAGUCACUUGGCAGUGACUCGAAAACUUCACGUUUAGGUGCAGACGUUUUAGUAUUUAAUGUGAAAAUUGGCUUUGCUUUGUCUUAAGCAUGUGGGGAGGGAAACAAAUAUCAAAAUCCCUGUUUGGCGUAGGUUUGCUGUUUGUAACUCUGAAUGGGUCUUGUCUGUUAGUGCAGGGAAGUACAGCAUCCAGGAGAAUUUCCUGUGUGUGGAUCCCAGGGAGAACACAGCAGUGCUCGGCCCUGUCUUGCCUCUGAUAAAUUAAAAAUAAAAGGCUCUUGCAUUAUCUCCUCACAGCACAUUGCUAUGUGGCAAGAGCAAACCUUCCACUUG